AUGACAGGACCGACGAUAUCGACCCCGAAACCUUUAAGUACGAAAGAACUGGCCAAUAAGGCUCAGGACUUUGAGUUCAAUCCAUAUAUUCCGCUAAAAUUUUGGAUUAGGACUUCAGACACCUUGUUGCGAGAGGCUUUGAUAUAUGAACAAGAAGAUAACAUUCAACAAGCUUAUGUUCUUCUCAUGCGAUAUGCUGCACUCGUUACUGAAAGAUUUCCUCUUCAUCCAUCAGCUAAAGAUCCAGAGUACAGGCAAUCUUUAAAGAACAUAAAGAAAACCUUACCAAAAGUCAUUGAAUCCUUAGAAGCCCUCAAGCCUCGCAUAAACCAUCGCUAUAGUACAUUGGAAGAUCCUUCGAAACCUCUAUCAAAUAGAGUGAUUUCACAAAGUACAAGGUCGCCAGGGACAUCAUAUUAUCAGACCGGAUCUUCAGAUCCAGCUAUUGCAGGGAACAGUUUAACCUUAGCCGCAGCAGAAAACAGUGAUUUUGCUGUUAAACUAGCACGUCAAGUAAUGCAUGAGCGGGACGAAGCCCGCAAAACUACACACUACCCACUAUCUCUCGAAAAACCAGGAUGGGAAGGUGAAAAUGUUGAAUUAUGGCAUGAAUGGAGCCCGACACCACCAAAAGAUAAGGACUCCCACGUCCAAGAAAGGCAGAACCGAAUUCAAAUUCCUGCAAAACUCAAUGAGCUUCACCAAAGAGAAGCCUACGGUGAAGUGAAAACCAAAAACGAGGGGAAAUUUUACAUCCCUUCGGGCAGGGAUGAAUAUCAGUAUCCCUCGUUCAAAAUUUCACAGUCUACCAAUCUUAAUCAGGAACCACUAAAGUGUUCUAAGCCAAUUUUCUCGCCACCACCAAAAAUUCCGGCUAAAUUUAGCGAUCAUAAUGUUAUUCUUUCUCGAGACAUUCCACCUCCACGCCCUUGCAAGGUUCCUCCUGACGUGUCGAACCCCAAAAAUCUACCCAGUAUUGCUCCCAAUUUCACUUUUCGACCUUCGUCUUACCUUGAAAAUGGGAAACCAUUAAGAACUGUCUUCCUACCUCCUGAGCUACGUACUGAGUUCCUAAGAGUUGCGAAGCCAAAUACACUUAAGAACCUCGAAACUUGUGGCAUGCUUUGUGGAACCCUAAUCUCGAAUGCUCUUUUUAUCCGUCGGCUUGUUAUACCAGAACAGGAAAGCACUAGUGAUACAUGUGAAACUACAAAUGAGGGGGCUCUCUUUGAUUACUGUGAUAAAGAAGACCUUUUAGUCUUGGGAUGGAUUCACACUCACCCUACACAAACGUGUUUCAUGAGUAGCCGAGAUUUACACACACAUGGAGGUUACCAGAUAAUGAUGCCAGAAAGUAUAGCCAUAGUUUGUGCACCAAGCAAAACUCCGUCCUGGGGUGUUUUCCGACUUACAGAUCCCCCUGGGCUCGGCUCUAUUUUAAAUUGUAGACAUACAGGCCUUUUUCAUCCCCACGAGGAGAUAAACCUAUACGCUGAUGCAUUACGACCCGGACAUGUUGUUGAAGCAAAGGGCAUGACCUUUGAAAUUGUUGAUUUGAGACCUCACUGA